AUGGACACCGUAAGCACAGUUCCAGACGAGCCACGGACCGAUGAAAAGCCAAUUACGGAAGAAGCCAAAGCGGCAGGGGUGAUCAGUACCGCCGCGCUUGACUCUCCGGCACCGCAAAUUUUUCCUUCAGCGGAAAGAGUAAAUGCCAUUGAGAAAAUUAAUGCAGCAGAGAUGGGGAACCAAGAAGAAAAGGUUAGCUCGCCUGACAUGGCUGCCUUAGAUGGUCAUAUGUCUAUGCCGGGUCAUAUGACCAUGUCAGGUAAUAUGGGUAUGGCCGGAUAUAUGAUGAAUGUUCCUGCCCCUCAUAUGGGGAACCCUAUGGGGGUAAAUAACAACUCUGCGCAAGUAUCAACUGCAAGCGAUGAAACAAACCCAGCAGACCAAAUGACUAACGUAAUGGGUAGCGCUACAACAAGUCAAGUUUCAAUCCCUGAAAAAGUAGGGGAGGUACCCAUUCAAGGAGUCGAACAAGUUAAUGAAGACCAAAGCAAAGAAGAAACAGAAGAUAUGAAACGAGAAGCAGCAAUACUGAAUGGUAAUAUGAACACGAAAUAUAAUGAAGAGGUGUCCAAGGGGUUUCUUUCACCACCUGUAUUUCACUUAACAGAAAUUAUGCACAAUGAAAGAUGCUUCAAAAGAACCAAAGGUCACAUCGCAGUUGAAAUAAAUGGAGACAUUUGCAUAUAUGGAGGAAUUGAACAAAAUAAAUGUGUUAAUAAUUUUGUAAGGUAUGUACCUGGAAUCAAUUUAUUUGAAAAAAUCAGAUUAAAUUCGGAAGAUAUUACUCCUCGAGCAUUUCAUUCCGGAAAUGUUAUUUCGCAAGAUAACAAAAAGAGCAUUGUUGUCUUUGGAGGAAUUAACGAAAAAGAUGAAGUACUUGAUGAAACGUUUAGCUUUGAUUUCCAAGCAAAGAAAUGGGAACGAAUAGAGAGCGUUACAAAACCAAGCGCCAGAUAUAAACACGCUUCCUUCAAUAUGAAUGAUGCCGUAUUCAUUCACGGUGGGCUGAAUGAAAACAAUGCUCCUUUGUCCGACAUGUGGUGCCUUUCUGGGGGCAGUUGGAAGGAAAUUAAUCAGAUGAAUCUGAAUCCCGGAGCUAGAUAUGGACACAGUUUAGUCUUUACCCUAUACGGAAAUGCAAAACUUGUUUUUCUCUUUGGAGGAAAUAGGAAAGGCUUCAGUGGGGCUCUCGCGGACACGUGGAUUUUUAACCUUAGAACGCUUAGGUGGAAGGAAAUCACCAACAGCUCAGGACCCAAACCCUGUGCACGAUGGGCACAUUCGGCACAACUCUUCGACAACGAGUGGAUGAUCAUAUACGGAGGAAUCACAAACGGGUGGAUCGAGAACUACGCUCUGUCCGAUAUGUACGCACUCAACAUUUACACCUUCUCAUGGUUCGAAGUUGAUAUCAGCACCUCGAGAAGCUUCAACAGGGGAUACUACGGAUCGUUAUGUUUAUUGCCUUAUAAGAAGUCGCUGCACAUUUUUGGAGGGUCGGACGAGGCGAGAGAAUAUUCCGACGUUUUCAGCAUGUCCCCCUUAGUUACGUACGUAUCGUACAAAACGUUGACGGGAAAAUUUGAGCAGCUUAACACAAAAAUGAAUAACAUCAACGAAAAUUCAAAUGAAAAUAAUUAUGUGAAUUCAGCCGAAUUCGAGUUAAAAAUAGCUGAGCUGAAAGAGGAGGUGAACAACAUAAACAACAUGAUGAAGACCUUCGAGGCGAAGUUUUCUGCACUGGAAAAGCUGAACGAGCAGUGCGAAAAGCUACUCUCUAAAAAUUUGAACGCAGAAGCUUUGGAAAAAUUAGAACAGCGCAUUCGAAAGCUGGAAUCGUCCAACGUUCUGAUGAAGCAUGACAGCAUAUAG